AUGUCUCGUCUGGCCAGCAUCCGCCUCACUUCCACCGACAGCGAUUCCACCUCCCUCAGCGGCUACCGGAACUCCACCACAUCUCAGGACCUGGCGGACUCUGACAUCAUCCUGUCUCCUCUUAGCCCGCGAAGCCCCAAGAGUCCCUUCAGCCCCAAGAGUCCUGCCAGUCCUCUCAGUCCUCGGUCGCCCAGGAACUCCAGACCCUGCUCACCGUGUCCGCUGGCGAGCCCGGUUCGAGGUGGUAAUCUGGCCUACCUGGCGUCACGAAGGUCGUCGAGAGAUAGCGAAACUGGGGAACUUCCGCCCUUAAGCUACGCUAGGUAUAAACAGCGCCGUCGGUCCAACUUCUUAGAAUUGCCAAUCCCGGACCACUACCGCCCCCGCGUGUGCUCGCUGCCGGAGAAGCCGUACAACCCGAGGGACGCCGAGGAGCUCUACCGCCUCAGGUCCUUCUCCAUCACCUCCAAGGGCGUCGUCAACCGAGGGGACUCCAUCAUCUCGAAGAAAUCCCGAUCCAACACCUCCGUCUGCUCCACGAACUCUAGACCCUCCAGCCGCAGCGGAAGGAGCGGGGAGAGGUCGCCCUUCGAAGGAUCCUGCUGCGGCUCCUCCUACGUCUCCUCUGAGUCCUCUUUGGAGAUUGCCAAGUACAGGGUGGUGUUGCUUGGCGAAUCAGGUGUCGGGAAGACUUCACUUGUUUCGCAGUUUAUGACGUCAGAAUACAUCAACACCUACGACGCCUCUCUGGAUGAGGAAUUCGGCGAGAAAAGCGUGUCAGUCCUGCUGGACGGCGAUGAAAAUGAAGUCACUUUCAUAGACCAUCCGGCGCACGAGAUGUCUGUCGAGAACUGCCUCUCCACCUACGACCCCCAUGCGUGCGUGGUCAUCUACUCCAUCACGGACAAGAGCUCCUUCAAGAAAGCCGAGGACAUCCUCAACUACUUGUGGCGUGAGAACUACACCAAGGAGAAAGCGGUCAUCCUCGUGGGGAAUAAGGUCGACCUUGCGAGGUCCAGGCUGGUCAGCACGGAAGAGAGUAAGACGUUGGCUUCCUGUCACGACAGCAAGUUCAUCGAGACGUCAAGUGGCAUUCAGCACAACGUGGACGAGUUACUAGUCGGCAUCGUCAAGCAGGUGCGGUUGCGUCUGGCGGCCCAGAGGAAACGCCUCAAGAAGAUGUCCUCCUCCAAGACGUCGCUGAGCCUCCACGCCGCCAAGGAGCUCCUCAGCAAGAUGUGUCUCCUCGACAACAAGUCCAAGUCGUGCGAGAACCUCCACGUCUUGUAG